GACGACGACGACGCCGACAACGACGAUGAUGAUGACAACGAAGACAACGAUGAUGACGAAAGCUAGUCUUAAUGAAUAAGAAGCGCAUCAAGCGAAAACUGAAUCGAAUGUUAUAUAGCACGAGAGAAUACCAGAAACGAAAUGUUAAACACGCGAUUGCAUCAAGAUGAGCUGGUGCUCGUUUUUCAAAGUUAUCUUCUUUCUGUCAUCUUUUUCUGUCAUCUAUAAACGACACAAUAGUAUAAUUUCGAGGGUGCAAACGAUGCGUAAUGACGAGCGGCGUGACUACUAAGCUCGAUCCGGACUGGGUAAGGAUGGUUGAGUUGCGUGCGGCUGGUGCCAGGAUGACUGGAAGUCUAGACACCAGAUCGUCAAAUCGUCUGCACUAUGCCAUCUUGACAAUUUUGGAUACGAUAUUCUCCGCGUUCGUAGUUGCGCCGGCGGUGGUUGGUUAUUGGCGUGGCACUUGGGAACUCAGCGAUUUCUAUGUCUACCCGGACGAACCAGUGUUCAGUAGCUUCGCGUCGAUCACGAUCGGUUUCACCGGCCACUUUGCUUUCAACGUGUUGCAACAUGGCUUGGAUGAUGUUCUGCAUCCAGACAAACAUCGGCUAUCCUAUUAUCUCGGCUCACGAGUCUACACCGGCGUAUUCGGUUUUUGCUGCGUGAACGCUUGGCGCGGUGCCUGGAUGGCUCUGGACAUUUAUACGGAGCUAAUACCCGGCACAGUCUUCGCUACAACUAUCGUUAGUCUCCUUGCGCUCGGCAUUAUGCGAGCAGUUCGUAAUGUAUCCGCGCCCCCGUUCUCGCUCAUUCUUGACUCGUGUCCGGGUUACUUUGAAGUGCCGACUAUGUUUCGCGUCAACAAUACGAGGGACUGGUCGUUGUACUUAUUGGAUUGCGCCUUCAGUGUCGGUGUCGUGGGUACGUUGGUUGUCUUCGUUUGGAGAGGAGUUUGGAUCUUGAUCGACAUUUAUCUAUUUCCAGAAAGCCCCGAGUAUUCUGCCCUUGGCUCAUUGGCUAUCGGGUAUUUUAUAGUCGCCCUGACGUUUUGUCUACAACCAUUGAUGCGGUAUAUCUGCGCGCGUCUCCAGGGUCUAGUACGCUUGAUGGUCGCGGACGUAUUUCUUUUUCUGAGCUUUCUGGGGACUGUCAACGUCUGGCGCGGCAUAUGGAACGCGUUAGAUCUCUGGCUGCUACCGGACAAUUUGGAAUUGUCCUGUUGGAUUACUCACGUUGGCUGCUUCGUUUUUCUCGUCCUUCUCAAUUGUAGCAAUUCUAUCCUAGUUCGUGGCGUUUAUAUAGAUGCCGAGGAAGAGAAAGGACAAUGCGUUGUGUUUCCAUGCCAUUAUCUUCGUCUAUUCUUUAAGAUCGAACGCGAGAAGAAGCAAGCGCGACAGCAGAAGCACUUGAUAGAUCAUACCGAUGUAAAUGAAAAGGACAGUGAAAAUGGAACUCUCCUAUCGAACACAGUGUCGAUUAUACCUGUGAAUGCAGAUUCUCCCUCAUAAAAGUGAUAUACAAAAAGUCGAUUUUCGUUACUAGUAUUUGGGGUUGUGUUCCAAAAUUGACUGUCAGUAUUGAAAAUAUAUACUUCUAUAGUGAAAACGUAACGUAAACUAUACAUUUGUUGCUAUUGGCAGUAAAAACAAACAGCCUAGGUACUUUGUGCGUGCGCGCGCGCGCGAGAGAGAGAAAUCUUGUAACCCAAUAUGCUGUAUACGAAGAAAUAACGCAUAUUUUAUAGAAAUUUUUUUUAUCAGAUAAUUCUAUCAAUUUUUGAUCGAUUCUUCAGUUUCGGUCUUUUAAAAAGGUGCGAUAAUUAUAUCCUGAUAGCAAAGCUUACUAUCAAUUUUUGAUUGC